UCCGGUCGCCGGCAGUAUCGCCUGGCGCUUGUCGAGAGUGGACGCUCGCUUCUCGCGUCCCGCACUCCAGAUCAACGCACGAAACAAGUUACACAAAUUCGUUUCUGACAAUUUUAAAUAUAAUACCAUAAUUAUCACCAUGGACUUGAGUGAUCUCAUUAAAAUUACUUUUACUAAUGUAAUUUUCUAACUUUACUUUGUUUUUCUUGUGGAAUUUGUGGCUUUAUUAUCUCUAUCGAAAGAUACGGUUCGUAAAGGUGAAAUAAAAACGCGAGUGAAAUUGUAUAGUUAUAAAGACUAUCCGUAGAGGAGUUUGAAUUUUCUGUUGUUUUUAUUGUUUAUGAGGACGCAAACCUUAGUGUUGAAAAGAGACAAGAUGAGGUCCAAGCGUGCAAGAGCGACAGGUGUGGUUGCUUUAGCGGUUCUGUUGGCAACUAUAACAGGAUGUUCGGCGCAGACUCUCAGGAUAUUCCCGAUGCAAAAACAGCAGACGGUGGCUGUGGGCAAGUCUGUGGUCCUCACGUGUCAAGUGGACGCUCCCGACCCAGCGCUCGUCACGCAGCCCCAGUGGAAGGACCCAAAGGGACUGGUUAUUAGCGAAGCCGCGACUGGCACCCGACCGGAGAUCUACACGGAGCCGAUGCCAGCGAAGCAGCUGCAACUGCUGUACAUAUCGUCGAUCACGCCCGCCAUGGCUGGCAACUACACCUGCGUCGCCACUUACACUAACAUGCCUUUGAGUGCGAGCGUCGUUCUUGAUACAUUCAUUGCAAUUACAUGGACAAACGCUAACGAAAACCAGUAUGCUACAAAGGGUAAAGACUUUAAGAUCAUGUGUGAGGUAACUGCAGAACCUGCACCAUCCGUUGAUUGGUUCAAAGAAGGCAAUCCAGUUGUAACCGGUGAUCGAUAUGUAAUUUACGCAAACGGUCUCAUGAUCAAAGGUGUUGAAGAAAGCGAUGAUGGUACUUACACUUGUCGUGCUGUAGUUAUCCAAACUGGCGAACUCGCUGAACGAAACAUCAAACUAGAAGUUUACACGGCACCAGAAAUGGAAGAAAGGGAACCAAGAGUUGAGAUCAAAGAAGGUGAAAGGGCAGCUAUAUCUUGCAAAGCUCGAGGCAAACCGCCACCAACUUACUCCUGGGUCAAAGCUUCAACCCGCGAGAACCUGGCUAGUACAUCACGUUACAGCGUUAACGAGAUCACAGGUCUUUUAACAAUCGAUCGUGUCGAAGCCGGUGACUACGGCAAAUACAUCUGCAGCGCGUCAAAUCAAGCUGGACAAAACGAAACUGAAAUCGAAGUAGAAGUAUUGGUUAAACCAAAAAUAUUCGAACUCAGGAACAUUACUGCUUCUGAAAACCAAGAGGGUAAAUUAGAGUGCAAAGCUACCGGCCGGCCUGCGCCUCGCAUUAGUUUCCGCAAAUUAAGCAACCCUGACCGCUUCCUGAAUGGACCGAACGACGACGGCAGGAUUACGAUCGAAACGACCACUCGACAGACUGGCGAUCAGAUGGAAUCUAGCGGAGUGAUAACUAUUUCUAAACUGAACAGGACUGACGAUGGAUUAUACGAAUGUUUUGCUGAGAAUGCAGGUGGUGAAGCAAGGAAAAACGGACACUUAACAGUUGAAUUCAAACCAACUUUCGAACACAUGCCUACAAUCCCUAUUUGGAGUUGGAACAGCCGACCCGCCAAUUUAAGUUGUACGGCGCAGAGUAUUCCGAACGCUACCAUUAAAUGGAGGUUCCGCGAACUGGACUUGGUAGAAACUCCUCAAGUCAAGAUUUAUGGGUCCGGUCCAUCAAGCUAUGUCAUUGUCACGCCAACCGAUCGCGGCCUGUACGGCAUCUACAAAUGUAUCGCUACCAACACACAUGGCGAAGCUGAACACAUCAUUCAGUUUAGGGAAGCUUUCGCGCCAGGACCAGUUGUACAAGCCCGCCAAGAAACAAUAACUGCGACAUCAGUGUCAUUCAAUAUUGUCGGGCCGGCGGAAGAAAUGGGACCGCCAAUAUUGGCCUACAUUGCCCAAUACAAGGAAAAUGGCAAUUUCGAUUGGAACCUCGCUCAGAACAGGACUUGGUCUGCCAAUUCACCCUACAUUGUUGAGAAUUUGAGGCCGAUGAUCACUUAUGAUUUCCGAUUCGCUGCCAUCAAUCAGGUCGGGGCCGGCAGUUGGGGUGCUCCACUGACAGUUAUUAUGCCCAGAAGGUCGCCACCGGAGCAACCGAAAUGGUGGGAAAACGAAAGUCCGGAAUCGCUUAUUCAUGGUAAAUACGCGGAUAGAUACGAGUUGAGGUGGCGAGUGCCUGCCAACAAUGGCGAACCCAUUGAUAUGUAUGAAAUCAGCCACUGUCCCGUGCUGAAAGUAAGUGGAGAAUGGCGCAUCGCAUCUGAAUCUCAAUGCGUCAUCGAGGAGCUUAAGUCUCUAGAGGCAAUCAGUUACGAAGUACGUGGUCUCCACCCCGACACCCGGUACAGGAUGCACGUCCGGGCACACAACGUCCUCGGCUAUUCCCUGCCUGCACAACUUUACCUCCAAACGGCUCUUGGUGUGGAACGUUCCGGAUAUGCUCCACCACAACUGUUGUCGAGUGGUUCCAUAAUUGGACUGGCCCUGGCUGGCGUUUUCAUCUGCCUUCUCAUAGUGGACCUCCUUCUCCUGUGCUUCAGACGGCAAGGUGUCAUUGCCACCAUAUGUGGCCGACGAGGAAAGAAACACAACGACGAUGAAGCCAAAUUGGGAAGUCUGUACGGUUGGCGCUUCCCGCUCCCUUAUUGCAGCACGAAGCCGCGCGCGCCGCCCUCCCCCGCGCCCCUGCCGCCACCGGUCAAGCUCGUGCCGACCCCUACGGAUGAAAAGGAGCCAUUGAAGGACACAGGUGAUGACGCCAUCAAGAGGAACUCCUCCGUUGAAUUCGAUGGGCACAGGGUCUACGCGACCAGCGGGGGUCCGAUCAUCGGCAAGAACUCUGCCGUCUAAGGCCAUGACACAAGGAGAACGAAACAAUUCAAACAAUUGUGAAUGUUUAUUCGAAGUCGGUGUUACAUUCGAUAUGCUUGUGUAUGUGUGAGCGCGACCAGUAUUUUAAACUGCCAAAAGUUUACUUAAGUAUUCAGCUUUACUAUCUAUACUUUAUUCAUCACAAUAUCUAUAUAUAUUUUUAUACCGUCUAAAUAUAAUCUUGCAAAAGUAUUUUUACAAUUUUAUAUAAUAUCUACUCGUAGUUCCGUUUUUUAAUUAUUCUAUCUUAAUACAAUUCUUGGUAGAUACAGUUGCUUGAAAAGGUACGCAUGUGCCUUUUAGUAUAUUUCUUAUAUGAGGGUAUUAUAUUUUAGUGUAAAUAGGAUAAGGUAUAUGUAAUGACAGACAUUUUAUAUGUAUUUAUUUCAGAAAUUCUUCUACUGGUUUAGGUUUAAGAAGAAAUAUUCCUGUUUUUUUACUAAAUUCUAUUUUUAGUUUGAGUAUUUUAAGUUUUAAGUCGUUACGUUCCCAUGGCAUCUAAACAACUCACAUGAUAUUAAAAAGUCGAUGAUAAUGUUUAUCCGAAUUUAUUUUACUUAAGUAUGUUGCCUUUUCGUUUUAAAGAAAAUCUGAAACUAGAGUCGUAAGUUAUUAUAAGCUUUGUAAAUAAAUAGUUAGGUCUGUAAAUAUUUAAUAUUUUAUUGUUUUCUCUUUAUGUUGAUACAAUCUCAUAGAAUACACAUUUUAAAUGAAAAUAGGAGCCGCUAAAGAUACUUUCCGUUUUCCGACUCAAUUAGAUUUCUUAUAGACGCUACUUGCUUAUAUCAAUAAGCUAUCUUUAAGUGUCAUGUUUAAUUUUAUAAACAACUUCGUUAGUUAGGUACUGUAUACCUGUUAGUAUUUUUAAGGUUAUUUAGAUAUUCCUACUACUUUUGUAAUGAUUUAGGAAACUGCACGAUACACAUGAAGAAUGGUCCUUGUGACAAUCACAAUUAUAUACAAUGCAAACUAUAUUCUACACUAUCAACUCGAUUUUAUAACUAUCACAUAUUUAAUAGUCUGUACCUGUACUAUGGAAGCUUAAAGCAAGAACUGUUGUCGUUGUGCGAAAGAGAAGGCACGCUAUAUUUCUCGUCGUCGCGUCUCGCUGUCAACAAACUUCAAAUGUUUUAAGAGUUCACAGUAAACGCACUGAUCUCGUUUCUAGUUUUGAUAUAACUUAAUAAUUUUAAGUAUAUUAUUAUGCUUUUAAUAACUGUUCUUUGUGUGUAUUAUGUUAGCUAUUAUGAAUAAGACUGCUAAAUUACAUAAACGUUAUAUCACUCAUGACAGUGAGGUUACAAAGUCAUCACUCUAUUUGGCAGGUUAUUCUUAGAGCCAGAAAAUGUUUUUAUAAUCGCUUAAUAUAUUUAAGAUAUUUUUAUUAUAAGAGUAUUUAUCUACAUAUUGUACCUAAAGUUUCACAAUUAUGUUUGAUAUCGUACGGCGCCUUCAACUGGUACUCAAAGAUGUUAUUGAUUAUCUACUUAAUGCAAGUUACUUAUUAAAUUUAAAGUAAGGUUUCUCCUAUGUAUUCCUUAACAUCUCUGAGUAUUCCAGUCAAAUAAUCAUAAAAUAACUCGUAGAAUAUUGGUUGUACGACUAAACUAAAUAUUAAGGGUUCGUUCGAUGAUAACUGUAGCUAUUAUUGUUUGUUAGUACAGAUAAAUGACGUCACAAAACUAGGAAGUCAACAAAGAAGUUUUAAAAACUUAAGAACUAUCUAAGUUACGAUAAAGAAGUUGACUUGGACGUAGUAGGAUAACAGCCGUGAAACUUGACCAACUGAAUCAAAUAAAUCGAAGACAAUUUAUCUAUCAAAUUGUAACUAAUUCCUGACUCUACAGAUGCAAUUUAGGGCAAUAAAAUUACAUGUUUCAUUGAACAAAUUGCAAAUUGAAGACGAAAACCUUCAGCGUAGUCGUUUGCUUCUACUUGUACAAGCUUAAAUGUUAUUGGAAUGUUAGUUAUGUCUGUCAGCUUAUAAUGGAGUUUUUGAAGGAAGGGAGAGCGCAUUUUUAUAUGAAAAUAAAUGUAUCGAAAAAC